ACCAACUUCAAACGUUUUAAUGCCUUUAAACAAUGAUAGUGAUAUUCUGAAGAUGGCUAAGCUAUUGAUUGCUCAUGGAACAAUGAAUGUAUUUGUUGUGCAUUGUGGCAAUUCAAAAAUUUCAAAUCAGUGCAUUAAUGAGUUUAGUGAUGAUGAAAAUGAUGAUCUUGAAUUUGAUAAUGAAGAAGAUGCAGUCCUUUUUGAUGUUGGUGUCAUUAGUGAUAAUGAUGAUCUUGAGUUCUUGGGAGCAAUUAACAACUCUCAAGAUAUUCCGGUGUUUGAGGUUGGUAUGAAGUUUACUAAUUGUGAUGAGUUUAAAGAAGCCAUUAGGACGUAUGCUGUCUUGAAGGGUUGUGUUCUUGAAUGGUUGAAGAAUGAUGCAACCUCUCAAAGGACUCACAAUUGUAUCAAGAAACAAGAGAAUCAUAUGGCUAAUGCAGUGUGGCUUGCUAGGUAUUUGAAACCUAAAAUAGACUCCAAUCCAAUGAUUAAAUUGAGGCAAUUGAAGGAUGCAUGCAAGGAGGAGCUAAAUUUAGUUGUUCAAACUACUAUGAUGAAGAGGGAAAAAUCAAUAGUUCUCAAUGAGUUGGAAGGGAACUACAAGGAAGAGUAUGCAUGUUUAAUGGGGUACAAAGCUGCCUUGGUUGAAAAAAACCGAGAGAACACUGUUGAUGUGUUGUAUGACACAUACAUUAACAAUCCGAAUCCUGUUUUCAAAAGCAUAUACAUUUGUUUGGCUGCAUGUAAAACAGGAUGGAUGGAAGGUUGUAGAAGAAUUAUUCGCAUUGAUGCAUGUUUUUUGAAAGGUAUGUGCGAAGGGGUGUUGUUGACAACAGUUGGUAUAGAUGGAAAUAAGCAGAUGUUUCCGAUUGCAUGGGCAGUUGUUAGUGGUGAAUCUAAUGAGACAUGGGGCUGGUUUCUGCAGUUGCUUAGAAAUGAUUUAAAUCUUGGACUUGGUGAGGGAUUAGUUGUGAUGUCUGACCAACAUAAGGCCAUUAUAUCUUCUGUGCAUGCUUUACUUCCAGAGGCUAAGCACAUAUUUUGUGUUAAACACUUGGACAUUGCACCUAGAAUUAAAUCAAUUUUGGAAGAAAAUAUUGAGGAAGGGUGCACCUGGAAGGCUCAAGGGAGUGGGACCGAGGAGUAUGAAGUUUCAAAGGGUGAUUUCAGAUUUAUUGUGAACAUGAGUAGGAAGGAAUGUACUUGUAGGGGGUGGAAUCUUACAGGUAUACCAUGUUGUCAUGCCAUUUGUGUGAUGUACUCAUGUAAUGUUAACAUUGAAGAUGGGGUUGCACAUUGGUAUAGAAAGUAUACAUACCUACAAGCAUACAAAUUCUCAAUUGAUUGUAUAGAAGGAUUAGAGACUUGGAAGCUACAUAAAGGUUUGAAGCUAGAUCCACCACCAUUCAAGAAGGACAAAGGCAAACCCAAAGUGCAAAGGAGAAAACCAGCACAUGAGACAGCAAAAGUUACAAGAGGAGAUGAGGAAAAGCUUUCUAAAAAAGGUGUGCAAAUGACUUGCUCUUGGUGUGGGUUUCAAGGACAUAACAAGAGAGGAUGCCCACGGAAAGAUGAUCCAACCUUCAAGAGAGAUGUCCAUGAGGUUAACUUUAGCACUGAGAUCCUUGAGGCACUUUAGCACUGAGAUCGAGUCUUCAAUUUUAUGCGAGUGAGGUAAAUAAAUUAUGGUAACGCCC